AUGUCCAGUAGUUCGGACGAAGAAGAACUUUUACUAUUAUAUGCAGUAAUUGAAAGUCGACAAAAGGAGAAGCGAAUUUGGGUUCAUGACAUAAAUAAAAAAAGAGAAAAUUAUAACGAAUACCACCCUUUAAAUCGUGAACUGGAGUCACACUAAGACCGAUUUUAUUUGUAUUUCUUGAUGUCUCAGGAUAGUUUUGAAGAAUUGUACGCACUGAUUUUACCAAGGAUUGAAAAAAAUUACGCUGUUACGCACGUGAUUUUGUAAUUGUAUACAACUUUGUGUUAGAGCGUCGCGUCAUUUCGCCAUUUUAAUCACGCUGAAGAGCCAUGUUUGACAGCCGAUAUAAUUUGUAAUUGAAUACAACGCGAAGAUUUAUAACGCGAAGAUAAUAACGCUUUCACGAGCGAGAACAACGCGUUCUGUUUGACAAUGCCUUAAUAAAUUUUCAUAAUAUUGUUUUUACUUAAUUUAUUAUCUUUAGCUUGACGUACCGGUCAAAUACCGCCGGUCCAUAAUAGGAAUCAACGGGGAGACUGUCCGUAAACUUUGUAGUACAUUUAAAGUACAAAUUGUAAUUCCUCCAAAAGAGGAGUACGAAAAUACAAUAAAGGUAAGUGUAAUAAAAUUGUAGUCUAUAAUAUUUUUGUAAUAAGUUAAUUAGAUUCAUUAAAUUCUUUGUGUGUGUUAUUUGAUCAUAUUGACUUAUUGCAACGAUCAAUUAUUAUAAAAAUCAAAAUAUAACUAAAAUUUAUUGUAUUUUAGAUUACUGGACCUCAACAAAACUUAGAACAAGUCGUCAAGGAAAUCAAGACGCUGAUGGAGAAUUUUGAUAAUAAACAAGCUCUUGAAAUUCAGGUAUUUUGA